AUGUCGCGGUUAAGUAAUUGGAAUACAAAUUCAGGUUAUUCAUUGAAUUCCCAAUCGAACAUUAUGGGUCAACCACAAUACAAACCAGCAGAUCAAAAUCAAUUGGCCCCAAUGCAUGCAUGGCAGGAUUCAACUAUGGGUAAACCUAAUGAGAUAAAUAAGCCCACAAAUGAAAACUCACCUUUGACGGCGAGCAGCCGCUCAACAUCGACAACAACAAAAACAAGUUCGACUGUAACAACUGCAACAGUUUCAGUUUCUUUACCAAUACAAUGCUAUACUUAUUCAACUCUCAAUGAAGUAUAUCGAAAUUAUCAGAAUGGUUAUGGCUGUUGUUGGUCCCCAUAUGAUACCUCGCCAUAUAUAACCCCUGGUUGGUAUCGUUUUACAGGAUCUGCAGGUUCAUCAAUUCUCACGACCCCUGUAUUAACCACAAGUACUUGUGGUACUAGUUAUCCUGGCUAUUUCAACGGAACGCUACCGUCUACAGUUGGUGCAUCAGUAACAGGAACUGCUUGCUUUUUUACAGGAACUCCUUGUGGUUAUUCAUUAGCACCCAUAACAGCUGUCAACUGCAAUGGCUAUUAUAUUUUUUAUCUAUUGCCAGUGGUUAAUUCAAACUAUAGAUACUGUUCGACAACCUAA